CUGUUUUAUAAGAUUUCUCUCAACGUUCGUUUGCUUGAUAUUCGUUUGGAUAAGUUAAAUUUCUAAGAUUGUGAUUGUGUGCUGUAGCUUUUGUUUUGAAUUGUUGAUCGUGUGCUCAAAAGUUGAGUUGGGUGUGUUCCAUCGAAUUCAGCACAUCGUCUUGAUUGAAUCAUAAUUGUUUUAUUGAAAAACUGUUCCACGUCGUGCCGCUGAUUUCCUGAAGAAUCUCUCCUGUCAAGUGCGCCAUGCCAUCUAAGUCUAGCUGGCCAUCGUUAGAGGAGGCAUAUGGUACCAAAGCGUCGCCACCAGCAGACCCUGUAUGUUCAACACCGUCACCAUCGCACGAACUCCCUGAAUUCCAACAGGACUUUUCACCAGUUCAAGAUUCUGGUUGGCCAUCGUUAGAAGAGGUACAUGGUACCAAAUUAACGACAUUUAAUGAAAACUUGUCAGUGGAACCAUCGGAUGAAUACGGAAACACGUCUGAAGCUCUUCACUUUCCUGGGGCAAUGAAGGGGUCGGGCAUUUUUUUAGAGCCAGAAGAUAUGAAAGUUUUCAUGACAUCCGAACCAAGUGGCCAUUGUGUUCCAAACGGACUUAAGCAAAAUGUUUACUUUUUGUUGAACGAUAACAACAAUCUAUUGCGACGUUCGCAAAAGAAUUGA